AUGACCGACGACCAAACCCGUUGGAUCUUAUGCAUACUGCUAUUUGGCAUUGCAGCUCUCUUUUUGAAGAUAAUUUCACUAGCAAUACGCGCGCUCUCAGGACCUCUUCGCAAGGUACCUGGCCCGCUGAUUGCUCGCUGGACAAGAUUUUAUCUAUCGUACCAAAUUCUUUCCGGAAAUCGUAUGCAGUACAUCCAUGCGCUACAUCAAAGAUAUGGCCCUGUUGUCCGCGUAUCCCCUAUUGAGGUUGCUAUAAACGACCCUGCGGGUGUUCGCACGAUUCAAAAGACUUCCGGGGGCUUUGACAAGGGACCUUGGUAUCAGAAUACGGGACCUGGUCUACUUGGAAUGCGGGAUCGCGGCAUACACUCGCGACGAAGGCGGCUCCUAGCCCAUUCAUUAAGCAAUAGUUCACUCGUGGUAUGCGAGAUUCUGAUACGAAAGAAGAUUGAUCUUGCGAUGGCGAGUAUAGGGCACGAAGCCAAAAUAAAGGGCGCAGCAGAUAUAUACAAAUGGUUCUCGCUGAUGGCAACCGACAUCAUUGGAGAUCUGACAUUUGGCAGCUCGUUUUGUAUGCUCGAGACAGGUAAGAAAACACAGUAUGUUCUCGAUCUUCAGGCUGUCAUGUCCGACGUGCACAAACGUGCCGAACUUUCGCCUUUCCUCGAUAUCCUCUCUUGUUUUCCAAUAGGUCCUGCAAAACAGGCUCAGGUUCGCCUGGCACGAAUCGUGGAAUAUGGACGGCAGUCUAUCGCCCGACUGCUUAUGGAUGUCGAAACCGGUACAUUAGAGACGCCUGUAUUUUUCGACAAAGUCUUGAAUUCUGCAGCGACGAAAGACGGCAUCACAAGACAAGAACUUGAGGAAGAGGCGGCAGAGUUCAUGAUAACAGGGACCGACACAACUUCGAACACACUCACGUAUCUCAUUUGGGCUGUAUUAAAGCACCCUGGUGUUCGGAUCCGUCUAGAAGAAGAGAUUGCUACAUUGCCUGAUGAUUACACAGACACAGAUCUCGCAAAAGCUUCAUACCUCAAUUGUGUGAUCAAAGAGAGUUUACGGCUCUAUGGUACCGCUUCAGGGUCACAUGAGCGGAGUAUCCCACCAGGAGGCUGGGACAUCUGCGGAUACCACCUGCCAGAUCAAGCCGUAGUCUCGAUAGCAGCAUAUUCACUGCACCGAAGAGCAGAUAUUUUCCGAAAUCCGCUGAAAUUUCAACCGGACAGGUGGUUGAACCCAACCCAAAAUAUGCAAGAAUGCUAUAUUCCGUUCGGUGGAGGGCCAAGAAUAAGAUUAGACACACUAGGUGCACCAAGAGCUACAGCUCAAGAACAGCGACGGUACCUGCUACAAGUUAGCCAGUCAUUCAGCACUCUUGUCAAGGCCGCUGUAGAUAGACAAUAUUCAGAUGCUUUCUUCGGUGAUGCCUCCACAACAGAAGGAUAUCAAAAGCGUCUACGAGCGGUUCUCCAAAACACACUAACAGAGUUUGCGGCCGACAUGCGUAAGAAGGGCCAUACCUUUACCAUCUUGGACGAAGGCCCAACCGACCUACCUUAUGAGAUAUCUCGUACGGACUACAUAUCUAAGGUUACAAGACUACUGGAGCGAAGCAGAGGUCGAGAGCUCCCUGGCACAUUCGAUCCACUUAUCAUCGGGCACUUGUUUCAUGAACAGCGAAAGCCUUGGGCAGGUCUUGUCAAUCAGUAUCUGGAUGUCGUUCUUCACGCUGUUCGCUUCCUAGCGCGAAAAGCUCUCGCGCACGUUUGUGAUGAGACCAGCCUUGCUGGCAUAUCAAGGAGGUUCAUUUAUGUCAGAUUGGGAAGGCUAACCGCUGAACUUCGUGAUAAAGUAGCGGAGCUGCUGAAACCUCAUGAUACUGGUCAUCCGAUCACGUACAAUCAUUAUCUUACAGAGAGCGUGCAGAAAGCACAGAGCGCACGUCAGGUAAGAGAGAUCAGGAAGUCUUUGGAGGGGAUUCUUGGUGGUGACUUCACCGAGAGUGGUGUCCGCUACUUUCAGAUGGACGUGAACGUCAUGAUCAACGCGCUGGUCUCUAAGACGGAAGCGGAUAUGAAUACCUAUGCUAGCUCUACUGCUACAGAUUUCAUGGAGGCUUACUAUAAGGUCGCACAAAAGAAGAUCAUCGAUGACUUCAGUGUCCUUGCCGUCGAAGCGCGCCUCAUCCAAGAACUCCCGUCUCUAUUUUCCCCAGCGGAUGUCAUCGAUAUCGACGAUGUCACGGUCGCCAAACUGGCAUCCGAAAGCGAGGAAUCUUCAAGAGAGAGAACGCGGUUUAGCGAGAAACUCAAGGUCCAAGAACACGGGCACAAUGCUCUUCAGGGUGUUCAGGACAUCUCGCCACUCGAAAAAGAUACCGAAGAGGUCCCCUCAGAGUACAGUAUAGGAUCAGACGAUGAGAAUGGAAGCUCGGAACUGGAAGCGGAACCGGAACCGGAACCGGAACUGGUCGAGAUCUUACCUCAUGAAGAAGAGCCUUCCUAUGUCGUUGGAGAGACUUCCGGUCCCGAUCAAGUCGCUACACCUGGCAAUCAAUGGGAUUUCUCGCCCCCAAUUUCCGUGCUGGAAAAGAAAAAGAAGGCAGUGAAGAGGACGCAUAGGCCAGUCGAAGUGCUUGCCGAAUAG